CGUCGCAGAUUUAAAAACGUUUUCAUUUAUUUUUACUUGAAUGCUGAAAGUGUUCACUGUGCUAUUGUGUGUGGUGCUGGCUUUUUUGCUGGUGUUGUAGCAGCCCUUUUGGCUGGCACACAUUCCAAAAAGAAAAAAGCUGUUCUCUUAAAUGAGCUGAACAGAGAUUUCUUAAACCACGAAUGAAGUAAAGCUUAAAAUCACAUAAAUUAAAUAAAUCGAAAAGACCCAUAAAAUUGCCUGUUUAAAAGAAACUAAAUUCGAAACGUAAAAACUAAAAAGUAUAAAACAAGAAAACUAAAACCAAAACCAAAAAAUCAUAAACGAAAUAAAAAGAACAAAAUGAAAAAGUUCACAUUCAAAGGUGUGCUGGAUGGCUUUCGACAACAGGUUCAGCCACAAAUGGUUAAGCCUGAACAAGAAAUUCCAGAAACAUUACGACCCGAACAUUUCCAAUUGAAAAAGACUUUUCGUCAUGGUUUUCCGCAUUCACCAACCGCACUAGGAUAUGACCCAGUUCAAAAACUAUUAGCUAUAGGCGACAAAUCUGGAUCACUACGAAUAUUGGGAAAGCCGGGUGUUGAUUGUCAUCUAAGACACGAAGGUGAAUCGGCGUGCGCUGUAACCCACAUUGAGUUUUUAGUUAAUGAAGGUGCACUGAUAACGGUAACCGCUGACGAUACGCUGCAUUUAUGGAAUUUUCGUCAAAAAAGCCCACAAUUACAACAAAGUUUAAAAUUUCAAAGGGAAAGAAUUACAUGCCUUUAUCUGCCUGUUGCUAGCAAAUGGCUUUACGUUGGAACAGAUAAGGGUAACAUCCAUGUAAUUAAUAUUGAAUCGUUUGCAUUAAGUGGAUACAUAAUAAAUUGGAAUAAGGCGAUUGAAGUCUUACGAAAAGAUCGACCAGGUGCCGUAGUUUCUUUGGCUGAUAAUCCAACAGACACGAAUAAACUGUUGAUUGGUUAUGAGUCGGGCACAAUAGUACUGUGGGAUUUGCGGAGCAAAUGCGCUGAAAUACGAUGGCAAUCGGCUGAAGCAUUACGAUCAGUUGCUUGGCAUCAUGAAGGCAAAUAUUUUGUAACAUCCCAUACAGACGGUUCACUUUGUACGUGGCCUUUACGACCAACACCGAAACCUCAAUUUCAUUCAUAUCCUCACGCUAAAACAAACAAAGAUGGAAAAUUAGAGACGUGCAAGCCGAUUCAUAAAGUAGACCUUAGAACGACGAAAAUGGGUGAAACGUUCACAAUAUUUUCGGGCGGUUUAUCGGUGGAACGAGAUGGAAAGUCGCCGUGUAUUACUGUGCUUCAAGGCAGAUCAACCACUGUUCUUGAAAUGGAACAUCCGGUAGUCGAUUUCAUAACAAUAUGCGAAAGCCCUUGGUCAAGUGAUAUGCAAGAACCUUAUGCAAUAGCCGUACUUUUACAAAAUGAUUUAGUUUUAAUCGAUUUACUGACUCCUGGAUUUCCAUGCUUUGAGUCGCCUUAUCCCAUGGAUAUUCAUGAAUCACCGGUUACAUGUUGCACUUAUUUAGCUGAUUGUCCAUCGGACUUAGUGCCAGCUUUCUAUAUGGUUGGAUUAAAUCCAAACAAUCGUAAGGCCGGUCUAUCGGAUCGGCAAUGGCCUAUAUCUGGCGGCGGAUGGUCACCAUCGUCGUGUAGCUACUUUGAAAUCAUUAUCACCGGCCAUCAAGAUGGUUCAAUUAAAUUUUGGGACAGCAGCGCAGGCACGUUGCAAAUCCUUUACAAAUUGAAAACGGCAAAAAUUUUCGAUCGCCCACGAACACGUUCGAUGGAUGGCUCGGACGAUGAUCCAUUAGCGAUACAGAUGAUUUCAUUGUGUGCCGAAUCGCGAAGGUUGUGUGUAGCUGGUGCAAGCGGUCAUGUGAUACUAUUUAAGUUUCGUAAAGCCGAAAGCGUUUCGGAGUAUUUAGUUUUAGAGAUUCCAAUUAGCUAUGAAAAUUUCGACGACCCCGAAGGCAGUCCAGAAUGUGAAUUUAUUCCAAGAUCAUUACCAAAACAACCGGACUCGGUUGAUACGAAAAACGACGGUAUGUUGAAAGUUCGGCCCGGUCCGCAACGAAAACCGGCAGGUUUUCAAGCUCAGCUUGUAUGCUUAACACCAUGGACUAAUGGAACGCAUCCAGGUCAAAUUACAUCGCUGUGCAUUAACUCAAACUAUGGACUUAUGGCCUACGGAACGGAAUAUGGAUUAGUUGUCGUUGAUAUUGUGCAGAAAACGUGUCUAUUGAAUAUAGCAAGCCCAGAUUUGUACGGUGCUCAAGAUCCAUAUGCACGUACGCCGCGCAGUCCAAAACGCACGGACACAGCAACAUCGCGUGACGAACAAGCACGUUCGCCGAGCAUAGAUCAGAGUGUGCCAGAUUUUUCAAGCAGUCCUACAAAAACCGUACAGUUUAUGCCAUCAAUAAUACCACCGUCGCCGGUUGAGCCAGUGGUCUGUGGUAGUGGUGGCGUAAUGCCACGUUCAGCAUCACCGGCUGUUGAAGAGGCACAAGAAGCGUUGAGCCCAAACGAAGAUGACGACGAGGAGAGUAAAAAAAUGGCACAAUCACGCCGAAAAUCAUCGAUUUGGAAAAAAGCUUUAAAUAUAAAGAAACGUAUCAGCAAAGUGAAUAUGGCAUUUAGCGAGGAUGUGUCUCGUUUUGGACCAACCGAAGGAACACCAUUGUCACCAAUUGAAGUAUCACCAACCACGGUCGAAUAUGCGACCGGUUAUGCACUGUCCAAUACCAGUGGCUCGAGCGAACUCGACAAUAUUGAACGGUCAAUUGUUCAAAAUUUGGCCGAAUUGAAUGCAAAUUCGGAUGCUGAAGAGCGUUCCGAUAACGAUGAUAGUGACACGGUAACGGAACGUCGAUCAUCUGUCGAUCCAGAUGGUGAAUGGAAAAAACGAAUUAUGUCACAGCCACAAUGUUUACAAACGCGCCGUUCCGAUGUAUCCGAUGAAAUAAUUAUGAAAGUAUCGGCGGCCAAUUUUGAAGGGGCACGUCAAUCUCGACCAUCUGAUUUACCACUGUUUGAUGACAACGGGCGUCCAAUUCCACCGCCGCGUGCCCAUUCGAAUCGUAGCCAACGCUUGUUAUCGGUGCCAAAUAUCAAAUAUAAUCGGUCAAUUAGCGAAAAUCCACGAACUAAAUCAAGAAAAGAACCAAUUUCAAUCGCAGCAAAUCUUAUGAGACGUUUCAGCCGUGUAGACAAAUUGGAUACGUCGUUUUCGCGGUCACGUUCAUCAUCAAUGUCAAGUCUGGAAAAUAUCAGCACCGAAUCAGUGACAUGCUUAACUUUUGCCGAUAGUUAUACUAAGAAAAGUGAUCCAUCCACCUUAUUGCCAACGUUAUGGGUUGGCACAAGCCUUGGGUCAGUUUUAACCAUAUCGAUAACGUUACCUGAUGCUGACGUACGUAAAACACAACCGGUUAUUCCAACGAUUAUGGGCGGUUCAUUGUUUCGCUUGAAGGGUUCGAUUUUAUCAAUGUCAUUUUUGGAUUGUAAUGGUGCGCUUAUCCCAUACUCGUAUGAACCAUGGAAGGAUGAAAAUCGUGGCGGUGAUGCGAGCCGAAGAGAUCGUACACCAACCAAACAAGGCAGCAAUCGAAUGAGUCCAACACUUGGAGCUGGCAGUAGCACUGAUUCGUUCAGCGACCGACAAUUUAUAGCGAUUACGAGCGAGAAAACGGCCCGCGUUAUUGCAUUACCUAGUCAAAAUUGUGUUUAUCGCCAACAAAUCGCUGAUACCGAUUACGUUGUCAAAGCGGAAAUUAUUAGUUUAAAAGAUAGCGUUUGUCUGAUUUGCUAUAUUUCAACGGGACAUUUGAUAGCAUACAGUUUGCCGAGCUUGCGACAACUUAUGGACGUCGAUUUUCUGCCAUUGGCCGAUCUCAGCUUUCAAACAAAAUGUAAGCAAGGAAUUGUAGAUCCAAUGCUUUCAAUAUGGGGCCAACAACUAAUUGUGCACGAGGAUACCAACCAAAUUUCCAAGACAUUUUGCUUUAGUAAUCGGGGGCAUGGCUUGUAUUUGGCAACACCAACCGAAAUUCAAAAGUUCACUGUUUGCGAUGAAUUUUGUCAAUUUAUGAAUGAAAUGAUUGGUGAACUAUUUUCACCAACCGAUAUGCCCGAACCACCUAAGGAAAGUUUUUUCAAAGGUCUUUUUGGAGGCGGUGCACGAAAUUUGGAUCGUGAAGAACUUUUCGGUGAAAGUGGCAGUGGUAAGCCGAAUCGAUCGGUUGCCAAGCAUAUACCGGGUGCAAAUCUUCAAGAAUUGGGCACACGUGCAAGUACGGCCGCAUCUGAAAUAAGCCGUGCACAUCAAUUGGCCAUGGAGCGUGGCGAAAAGCUGAGUCAAUUAGAGGAUCGUGCCGAACGAAUGUCGAAUCAAGCACAAGAAUUCAGCGGAACAGCUCACAGUCUUAUGCAAAAAUACAAGGACAAAAAAUGGUAAAAAGAAUGAAAUUACAUAUGCUUUACGAAAUGUAAUGAAGUUAUGCGAUGAUGUUCAACCAGAACAAAAAACAUUCACUAAAUAUUGUUGGAAUUCUUGAUUUAAAAAACAAAUAAAAAAUGAUUUAUUUCUGUGCAUCGUGUGCAGCAGAUCGAGUUGGAGUUGAAAAUAUGAUACUUGAACAACGCAAACAAACAAAGUCAUACAAUUAUUUUGCCAUUGUCAAAUUCGCAGAGUGAGAGUGAGAGAGAGAGUUGUCCGAGCACAGUGAUAGAACGUAAUUCGGAAUUAUCAACUGAUAGUAUAAAUCCAUAAAUACCAAAAUGCAAAACUAUUGCAAAAAAUGACAAAAUUAUAUUGAUAUGAAUUAUUCCAUAAAACCAAAAAAAAAAAACAACACUUUAUCGUAAAUGCAUAGCUGACAAAACCUAUUUUUAGUCUCACUUUUCAGAGCUAUUGUACGUAUUUAAGUUAUAUAAGUGAAUAAAAACUAUUGAAUGAAAUAUUUGACGAUCUUUUCGAGAAAAACCACAACCACACGUAUUCAAUAAUAAAAUCAAAAAAAAAAAACAGAAGCCACAGUUUGCUUUUUUUUCAAAAUCAAUCUAGUGACGAAAAGCUAUUAUUAUAUAUUAUUCGAACAUUUCUAAAGUAAAAACACAUGUUAUAUAUUAUACAAGAGAAAGAAGAUAAAAAAACGUUUAUAAAAUAUUAUUAUUAUGAUUAUAACUGCAUAUUAAGAGUUUUUUGAUUAUACAAAAGUAGGCGAGAGGUUCGUUUGUGAACAAAGAGCAUAUCAAAUCAUUUUUUUUUGCUCUUUCAUAUUCAAUAUAUUUGUUUGUAGCCCAACAAUAUAUUUUAUUAUUUAGAUGUUUUUUUUUUAUUUGCAUAGCGAUGGAUGAAGUUUAAUUCAUUCGCCGGAGUGGUUAUUUUUUCUUCAAACAAACUAGCAGCAUGUUUUUAGUCCUUCUGAUUACAUUUAUUGAACGUAUUGGAUUUUUUUUUCGUUUGUGAAGCAGCAUGGAAUCAAUAUAGAAGCAAAAAAAUCAUAGAGUGUGCAUCAGUCACAUACAUACAAACACAAUUUUUACAUAAUGUCCAUUGAAUUAAGCAAUAGGAUGAUGGGACACAACUGAUGUGUCAAUGUAUCUAUAGUGACUUUGUAUUGAACAGACGUAUCAAAAUGUGUAACAAACAUUCAACUAAUCAAAGUACAAAAUUACUUCUCUGCCUAGAUCGUACGCUACACUUUGCACUCUCGCUCCUUUGAGAUUGUGGCUAUAGCAAACACAGUUGAACAUAUAGUUGAUGAUUUCUUUUUAGAUAUGAACUGAAGUUCCGUUUCCGUUUUCUAAUUAGCUUUAACAAACUUUGAUCUGAAACAAACAAACAAAAAUAAUUACAAAAAGUUGUUGUCAAACAGUUCAAAUGGACCCCGAACAUUCUGCCAUACCGGUGGAAAUAGUAUGUUGUAGUUUAUGAAAUCGAAAAGGAAUUAUAGAAAACACACACUCUGCUUAGAGCAACCCACUCACGCACAUCAUUUCAAAUGCAACAUAUUCCUGUUCAAUAAAAUAAUCAACCCCAUUGCAUCAAUAGCUCUACUUUUUUUAAGUUUUUAUUUGAUUUUUUCCAUCUCCUUCUCCCCCCCCCACCCCUUUUUUGAUGUAAAAAAAAAAAAAAAAAAUCUAUUCCCCCCAGACUAAAUGUGUAUUUGUACAUAGUGUCCAGAAUUAGUGACAUUUAAAGUAAAAAAAAAACCAACGGCAAUGCUGUUACAUAUUUAAUGCUAGACGUAGAAAUUUCAGCCAAAAAAAGAAGAGAAAAUAUUUGUCAUGUUUAUACUAAAAUAGUAGCAAGAAAAACAAAUGUGAAUAUAAUAAUUGUUCAGUUUUCAUUAGUGUAUUUUUGAUCUUUGGUUCAUUCGUUUUUGAAGUUCAAAUGCGGAAUGUAUGCAUUGAAAAACUCGUUAAAAUAUAUCUGUGGUUUCAACGUAUUUAAUACAAAAAAAAAGAAUACACGAACAAAUGAAAAAAAAAAUAUGGGGAAAAACCAGAAAAUAAUGUAAAUUAUAUACCCAAUUGCGCAAAUGAUUGAAAUGUCGCGCUGCUGUAAAGAAAAAAAAAUUACAUAUUUUGUGAAUAAAUAUAUUUUUAACGUAUUCAUAUUAAUCUUGGAGAUCAAAACCAUUUGAAAUGUCCACAUAACAGACACAACAAUUUUGCUAAUAUAGAACAGUAUGCACAACAAAUCCAAAACCAUUUUUGAAUGAUCCGAUACUGUUCAAAAGGAAAUCAAUUGAAAUCGCCUUUCCAACAAUACAUUUUACGCUUUCAACUUUGAAGUGAUGCAUUUUAACCAUAAAUCCACAGUGUUACGCAUUCAAAAUCAAUUGAAUCUGGCCAAUUGCCAUGGUUGCCAUUUGUCACUUGAAUUUCGAAAGUACACGAUUGAUUUUUUGCUGCAAAUAGUAGCUCAAAGCUGAGCUUAUAUGUUUUGAAAAGGAUGUUACUAUAACUCAAAAACCAAUGUUAUGAUUACAACAAAAAUAAAUAAACAAAAGAGAGAGAAGAAAGUUUUAGUCCAACUGCAAAAGAGACGCUUAUCUCUUUUAUGUUGUUAUAAAUUGCAUAAAUUGGCUCAAGUCCAAUUUAAUUUACAUUUUUAUCACAGACAAAAAAAUAAAAAAACAAAAAACCAUGUAGAUUAAUUGAACGCUUUGUGAAUGUUGACUUGUAGAAAUCUUAGCAGUAAAACAUUUUUGUAAACAAUCAAAAACCUAGCGAAAUAAAAAAAAACCAACAACCGGAGAACCAUCGUUCGAAUUGACAGAUGACUUUAAUAUUAUUAAAUGAUGAAAAUUAUAUAUGAAAAAAAAAACAA